GUGCCCAAAACCUACAAGGGACCACACAUCACCUUCCCGAUUACUAAGAACCAACUGGAGCAUGCCAUGGACGCCCUACAGAAGAACCAGACCUUACACGCAAAGUACGUGGUCAGUUUGCUGCAGAAAGUCCGCCAACAACUCGCCACACUUCCGAACGUCAAUGUCAUCAGUCUGAUGAAUCACCAGCGACUAGUAAUAUGCGGUGACGUACACGGAAGUAUGCACAACUUGUUACACGUGCUCGAAAAAAACGGCCUACCCUGUCGAGGUCUGUUGUACUUGUUCAAUGGAGAUUUCGUGGACAGGGGUGAAAGCGGCGUGGAAGUACUGCUGCUACUUUGCUUGUUUCUUCUCUACGAACCGAACUGCGUAUUCCUCAAUAGGGGCAACCACGAAGAUUUCAUCAUCAACAUCAAGUAUGGUUUUCAAAAGGAAGUUCAGAGAAAAUACAAAAAUCACGCCGACAUCAUCCUGGACCUUGUGAACGAUGUCUUCGCCUGGCUGCCCCUCGCCUCCGUCGUCAACAACAAAAUAUUCGUCUGCCACGCAGGCAUCUCCAGGAAGAUAACUUAUGAAAAGUUGAUGAACAUUGAGAGAAAUAAGUUUCAGACACUGCUGAAGUUACCAGACGGAUCAUGGUCAUCGACACUCAUCCAACAAUGGGAAAUGUUGUGUGACUUGCUCUGGAGUGAUCCCAUGCCUGGCCCUGGACUGCAACACAACAAGAAGAGGGGAUUUGGAGUAAUGUACGGAUCAGACGUGACUAAGUCCUUUCUGGACGAGAACAACUGGAAUGUUCUGAUAAGAUCUCACGAAUGCAUACCAAACGGAUUCGCUUAUGAACACGACGACAAGACCGUAACAGUAUUCUCAGUGUCCAACUAUUAUAGUCCAUUCAGUAACAAAGGGGCAUUCAUCAUCGUUUGGCCUGAUUCUCAAAUAAAACCCUACCAGUUCAUUGUAAUCAACAACAAACUACAGAAGCAUUUCUCUUUUAGAAAACAAGUCAAUUCCAUAGAGACGGCUGCCAUCAGAGAUUUGAAAAUAAAGAUACUGAAAAAACAAGAUAUCCUGAAGAAACGAUUCCAAUGUUUAGAAACAAAUAUCGGUAAGACCCAAUUAACUGGAAAUAUGCACUUGAACAUUGAACGAACCAUUAAACAGGGCCUUCCGUGGGCCAACUUGGCUCCAUUAUUGGUUGACGUAACAAACGCUGGGUUAAUAAGUUACGAAAAAAUGUUUGUAGACUGCAGUCAUGUGUCAAAAGUUGAUCAGAAAGCUGACCUGGCAUCUGUUGAGGAGGGUAGAUUGUAUGAAAAUGAAGAUGUACUAGAAGAAAUAUUCAGAGAUAUGGACUUGGAUGGUUCAGGUUCGAUAUCACAGCAGGAAUUUCAAGAGGCGUGUUCAAGACUCUGCACUCUGCCAGAAAAACAAGAAGAUAUGAAAGAGAAAAUUGAUCUGUUCAUCAAACUGCUGGACAGAAAUCACGAUGGUCACAUCAAUUUUAACGAAUUUUUGGAAGCCUACAGAAUCGUUAGCAGCAAUUCUAGUGCAAAGAUAAUAUUGUAA